CAGAAGACUUGCCUCCAUCACAGAAGGACACAAACAACUCUCACAAGCUCGCAUCACUCCAAGGGAGGAAUUACAGCAUACAGAGAGACCUUUCAAGUCUGCAAUUUAAAAGAGGAAGAAGUUUCAUUUGAAGAAAAAAUCUGCUGUCCACGAUGGUGUCUGCUGGGUUUCAAAUGCUGGGAGCAGCUCUGGGGAUCGUGGGCUGGAUUGGUGCCAUUGUUGUGUGCGCCCUUCCCAUGUGGAAGGUCACUGCUUUCAUCGGCAGCAACAUCGUCACCUCACAGACCUCCUGGGAAGGUAUUUGGAUGAGUUGCGUGGUCCAGAGCACAGGCCAGAUGCAGUGUAAGGUCUACGACUCCAUGCUGGCCCUCAGCUCUGACCUCCAGGCAGCCCGGGCCCUGACCAUCGUCUCCAUCGUGGUGGGCGUAAUGGCUAUCCUGCUCUCUGUAGCCGGGGGGAAAUGCACAAACUGUGUGGAGGACCCGCCAUCCAAGAUCAAGGUGGGCAUUGCAUCUGGAGUUAUGUUCAUUGUUGCUGGGGUCCUCUGCCUCAUCCCUGUCUGCUGGACCGCCAACACCAUCAUCCAAGACUUCUACAACCCGCUGUUGGUCAGCGCCCAGAAGAGAGAGCUCGGUGCUGCACUCUACAUCGGCUGGGGGGCUGCCGCUUUGAUGCUGAUUGGAGGGGGGAUUCUCUGCUGCAACUGUCCCCCUAAAGAUAAAGGCUCCUACACUGCAAAGUACAAAGCUGCCAGAUCAGAUGCCUCAGCACCAGUGUCCGUAAAAGACUAUGUUUGAAACAGAUCUACAGAUCAGUAAAUGCCUUCCACAAAGCAGUGUUUGCUGGGACAGAUGAACUGGUGCUACUGGGUUGUGAGAGCUGAUAUUUCAGGAUGUUACUGGAGUUUUAGAAAGAAAGAAAGGAACCACACCCAAAGAUGAAAUUCAAUUUUAUAUGUUAACACAGUUAUUUGUAUGUGUAUGGUUGUUAAUAUGAAUAUUAGGAAUGUAAGUCUUUUCUUUGUGGUAUAAAUAAUCUCUAUCUUAUUUGAAUUUGUUGUAUAUGGGUUGUUGUUAUGAACCAUGUGUUUGAGAUUUGUGGUGUGCCAACUACAAAAACAACUGUAAAUAAAUAUUUUGUUUACAAAUCUGA